AUGUCGUUCUCCCAGACUCGAAAAAUCUCAGCAAUGACGCCUCUACUUCGUGUCUUGCGUCGUCGAUUGCUUCCUAUGCAUCUGAUCAAGUUUGUCGUGGUCAUGGUCGAUGUUUGA